GAGAGGAAGCAGAGGACCUGUACAAGACCUUGCUGACUGUCAUCGCAGACGGGGAUGAUGUGAAGACGGCAUCCUCUCUGCUCGCUCGCGGAUGUCCCAUGAAACCUUGCGGUCUCUACUCCACGCACGCCAUCGUCCUGGCUGCCACCAUCAACCGCUGCAGGAUCCUCACUCUCCUGGUGGCCGCGGGGGCGUCGCUCUUCGCCACCGUUCAGGGCCUGACCCUGCUGCAGAUCGUCUGGUUCACGGCAGACGUCACCAUGUUCGUGAAGAUGAUAGUAACCAAGUCGAUACUUCACAUGCUGCAGGAGGAACACAAAAGGGCGGAAAACUGGCCCGAAUUACAGAAAGGAAUCUCGUCCAUCCUGGACACACUGCAGGGAGAGCAACCUUGGAUGGCAUGUUGGCCUGUGCACAUACCCUCAGGAACAGUCAAUCCUGACUCGACGACUCACCGAAAGCAAUCUACGCGAAGUGUAACCUCACAGUUGUCAUUCUCCUGA